UCGUCUGUGUCCGUCAAAAGUUUGUCAGUGUCACCAUCGGAAAGUCAUGGAACAUACGUUUGAUUCAUGAACAAACGCUGAAGGCCUACUAUCGCGAUAAUCAUAUAUCAGGGCUAUCAUGCCUACACGAACUAAUACAGCGCAUCGCCUGAUCUGUAUUCAGAGCUUGUUAUGUAUGGCGUGUCUUCAUUUCUACGCUCCUUAAAACGCAGCGGUUAGGGAAGUAUCUUGAGGAGUUCGAGAGCAAAGACUUCAAGCAUGCUCCUGGGAUCGGACAGCUGACCCUUUCCACAAGCAACGCAAGCUUUCAAAAUUAUAACACAUGGUUUCGAACUUUCCACUUAAUUUAUUUUCAAGGCGAGGAUGCGCGUUAUGGGCGAAAACUGCACGAGGUACACCCAGUAUGAACUCCGGGCCACCCUCAUGGUUGGUACCAAGAUGAGAUUGGGCAGAACGGCCAAGUGGAACAGACACGACGGGCUACAGCUCGACUCCGAUGCGCUGUUCCCAAACUCUAGAAAUGGUUUCAAUGGAAUGAAUUUCAGGGUCACAACUCUGCCGUACUCGUACUUUCAACAAAACCAGAGCUUCCCCGACGGGUCAUUUGCCAUAGUAGGACUGGUACCGGAUAUUGUCAACAUCCUCGCGAGAUCUCUCAAUUUCACGGUCACCUGGGUGCAACCCCCUGACGGCUAUUGGGGAGCCCCCGUAGGCGACGGAAGUUGGAAUGGUAUGAUCGGUCAAGUGAUGAGAGGGGAGGUGGAUUUCGCUGCUGCUGGGCACUCCAUCACCGCCGCUCGGUCUGCGGUGGUAGACUUCGCGGAUGCCUUCUUCUUCGGGGCGUCGAUCAUAAUGGUGAAGACGCCCGGGUCAUUGGGCAGGUUGCUGGUAUAUUUGGCUCCCCUGAACACAUUGGUCUGGAUAUGCACCAUCAUUUCCAUCCCGGUGUGCUCCAUCUUACUGUGGCUUCUCAUGAGGGCCUCUCCAUUCUACAGCAAUCAGGACCCAUGCUUCUACCCGGAGAGUUUCAAACUACUGAAGUUUGGGCCGUGUCUGUGGUACAUAUUUGGAUGUCUGUGGAACCAAGGACAGAGUACCACGCCCCGUGCCAUGAGCGGGCGGCUUCUCUUAACCAGUUGGUGGCUAUUCGUAGUCGUCAUCUUGGCUACCUACUCGGGCAACCUCAUCGCGUUCCUGACCGUUACCAAGGUUACACUACCGAUUUCAUCCCUAAGUGAGCUGGCGGCCCAAAAUGAUAUGACAUAUGGCACUAUUCAGGGAACAGCUCUGUGGACUCUCCUGGAGACUUCAAAGGCUGGUGCGCCAAAGCGGAUUUGGAAUACCAUGGACAAACAAAAUCAACCGGACUCUUACUCUGCGGGCAAGGAGAAGGUGAUUUCAGACAACUAUGCCCUGCUUGUUGAGAAGUCUUUCUUCGAAGGAGUUGCUGCUGACAACUGUUCCUUCACGUUCGUCCCCAAGGAAGAGUUCUAUUUCUCUAGCUACGGGAUCGCAGUCGGCAAGGGAUCACCCCUAACAAUGAUGUUGUCAGAGGGAAUUCAAGCAAUGUCUGAAUCGGGUGUCCUUGAAAAACUCCGCAAGGACUGGACCCCUAGGCAGCGCUGUGAAGGCCUCACGUAUUCAGAGUCGAAGCCUGCCACGCUCGAGGACACGCAGGGAGCAUUCAUCGUAUUAGGGAUUGGACUGGCUGUGGGGAGUGUCGCGUUACUAGUGGAGGUGUUUCUCAAAUGUGUCUUGAGGGCGAUUAAGAGGAAAACUUCAACAGCGACCAGUCUGGGGAGCAAGACCAGCCGCAAGAGUAAUAAUAAUGUUAAGUUCAAAGAUGGAAGGAGACGAUCGAGUAUAUAAUUCGAUGCGGCAGGGUGUGUCAAAAACAAGACAAAAGUAUGCUUCAAGAAACGGUUGUUUAUUAUAGUGCCACUAAAAUGACCGGCGAGAUUUGGCUGAUGAGACACUUUUUACUUCCAAUCUCCUAUUUCUAACGACAUGUUUCUGGCGAGAAUGCUGUUUGUA